CUGUGCUGUUCCGAUGUGCCACAGUGACUGGCCUUUCCCGUGCCUGCGUUCUUCGAGAGCGUCGAAAGUGGCGCAGUAGUUGGACACGCAACCACACGACCAGACCAGAGCAGUGCAUCAGAAAGGGCGGGGCAGGGCUUUUGUCGAAGGCGAAGCGGGUGCUGGAGUUUAGUUUUCCAAGAUAGAUCUAUCGGAUUGUAGUUCCAGUGCCAAGAGUGUAGUAGCCUGGGCAGCCACGAGGCCGUUUGGUUCAGAGAGUUUGAGGCGACGACGGAAGGAACGAUUUGGCUGGCACCUGGUUCUUUGCUCUUCUCGUGGGUAGUAGAUUUGUGUGUGUCUGGAGAGGGAGAAUUGUGCUACUUGACGAACAAACAGGGUAAUAAAGAUGGCGAGUGAGGUGGUGUCUGCAGGAGCAGAUGGGGCAGGAGCAAAUAGCGUUGGGUUAGGGUUCGAAUCGCAUGAGAAAAACCGCAUUCAGGUCUCCAACACGAAGAAGCCUCUCUUCUUCUACGUGAACCUUGCCAAGAGGUACAUGCAGCAGCAUGACGAAGUCGAGCUUUCAGCCCUUGGCAUGGCUAUCGCAACGGUGGUCACAGUCGCCGAAAUUCUCAAGAACAACGGUCUGGCCGUUGAAAGGAGGAUCCUAACUUCGACUAUUGACAUGAGAGACGAAGCGAGAGGCCGUCCAAUUCAAAAAGCUAAGGUCGAAAUCGUCCUAGCAAAGUCGGAGAACUUUGACGAGUUAAUGGCUGCUGCCGCGGAGGAGCGCGAGGUGGCUCCUGAAGUCAAUGGCCACACCUAAACAUGACUAAUAUUCGGAGGAGGAAAGGACUUGUGAUCAAAUAAUGAGUACAGGGAGAUUUGUGAUUGUUGGCAUUCCGCACCUGGAGACAAGGGUGUUGUGAGAAGUAGUGCUUCAGGUGAUGCCACGUGGGGUACUCCAAGGACAAGGUGGAAAAGGCUACGGGGGUUUCUUCUCCAUCGAUCAUGAUAUAACUAUGAAGGGAUGAUGUAACUUCACGAAUAAUGGAAAGGGCCACUUAUUAGAAGCCCUCUAGAUCUUGACCCAGGAGGACCUUUCCCUUGCUAGUAGGGAGGGAUGGAUGAAUGGAUGGAUGGAGAGAUGGACAAAAGUUGCAUCAUUCAUGCAGAGCAGACUAGACUAGGUUAGGUUUGGGGUUUUGUUGUCUGUCUGUGUCUAGUUAAAGCUAUCAAGAGACUGUGAAAUACAUGAGGUUCAGUGACAUGAUUAGUGAAGUACUUAAACAAUUUUCCCCUCCUAGAACAAGCUAGUGUAAAAUUUCUUUGUAGUCAGUGUGCAGGAAGGAAACCAUUCUUAUGUUUAUAGUAGAACUUCUCUGUGUGAAGAGUGCAAGUUCCAACAACUCAUUCAUUUAAAACCUUCGUGACUAUGGGAUAUACUUGUCAACUGAAUGCUUCUUUAAAA